AUGGCGUCGCCGAACGCGCGCGUGGGCGUCGGAUCGCGGGAUUGGGCGUUGAGCGUCGGCGCGGCGUUGGCGACGGCGGCUCGAUGGAACGACGUCGCGGCGACGGAAUUGUUUGAACUCAUCGACGAUAAGAUUCAGGGAGGCGCGGGCGAGCGCGUGGUUGGGUUGACGCUGCUUCACGCCGCGCUCGCCGUCGAUGGUUUAGUCGCGAGCGAUGAUUUAGUCGUCGCCGUGCACAAGGCGUUGACGGCGGUGAGCGGCGCGCCGGUGGAGAAUGGAUUCGCGUGCGCGAGCGUCGGCAUGCGUUGCGUGUGCGCGGCGGCGAGGAACCUUUCCAUGGGCGACGUCAGGACGUUACGAAGCGCGUGGCUCGAGCCGAGACUGCGUGCUCAAGGAUUUACCUGGCACAGCGCGCAAAGCGACGAGUCGCGCGCGACGCUUUCGCUCAUUGAAUAUUUAAAAAUCCCGCGAGACGAGCGGCUCGGCGCGACGGCGAUGUCGGCGUUUUUGAUAGCUGAUUUGGAUCUCGUCGGUUACGUCGACGCCGAGGAGUUCAAACGCAAAGUCGUGCACGGGUCGGUCGAUCUGGAUAGUCCGGCGUUUCGCGCGCUCGCGGCGAGCGAACGCGCCGUCGGACGAACCGUCGCGGCGGCAAUCAUCGCCACGCAAAUGAAUCUCAUUCACACGCUUUACGUCGCACCUGGUCAAGAAGAUGACGCGGACGAGUUACGGAUGAAAGUAGCUACUGAGGGUGGAAGGAUUCUGUGCGGUAAAGCUCUCGAUUUACUUCGACUGGAGCGCGCGAAUACGGCGAGUUUGACAGAGAACGCGCAGAUGAAGGUUGAGGAGCUGACCACGGAUGCUCAACCGAGCACGUUCUUCGGGGUUUUGAGCUACGCACUGACGACGAACGUGAUCGAUAUCGAUGAAAAUGAGCGCGCAAAGCUCGUUUCGUGGUGCUGCGACAAAUUGAGUGAAAAAUUCGUCACCGCGACGGAUGCUUCGAUGCGCGCGAUGAUCACCUCUGGCUGCUUGAGCGCUCUCUUACGCCUCGCCGAGACAUCGGAGAACGCAGCGAUGGCGGACGCAUGUAUGCAGUGCGUUUCGGUGCUCAUCGAUCUGAUAUUGGUACCUAGCACACUGUACGACUUUGUCGAAAUCAUAGCCUUCAAAACACCGUCGUUGGAUUUACUCGGCGUUGAGAGCAAGUCAGAGGACGACAAACGAGCGACUUACGUGGUGGCGGCGCUGAAUUGGUCGGUGUCUCGUAUUCGAGCCUCAUCGACGGUUGCACAAGCCGACAAAUCACUCAACUUAUUCAGAAGAUUAUUUGUCUUGCUCCCGGAAACGGAGCACACGACUUGGUUGGAAUAUUUCACUGACGCGUACGCGAGCGCCGCGUUGUGGGCGGGCUGCGUCGAAAAAGAAGUCGCGGUGGAUACUGACCGCGUGCUCGCAGAUGACGCGGCGCGCAAGUGUGUAGAGUCGUUCGAAGCUGAUAUCUCACGCGAGACAUCGAAAAAGACGCCAGAGUGGUUGGGAAAUCUUCAAACGCGCGCGAGAUGGUUGAAUGAAGCGUUUGCUGCGCUCGGCGAAGACGCCUACCUUAGAGCACACUUCACCGCAGACCUCGCCGCAAUCGUGUCAAAGUCUGUGGAUGUCGGACUCCAAGGUUCGACCGACCCGAAAGUCAAUGCAUCGUACUGGCCAUAUGAAAGCAAGCGUCCACUCAUCGUCCCUCGCGCGCCGCUGGGACCGGGUGGUAUUUUGGCGACGUCGGCUGCGACGUUUGAUCUCAUCGCCAAGCAGCUUGAAUCGCAAUUUCUCGCGAUCGAGACGAGUUUGCAGAAAUCACUGAUGGAACACACUGGUCUAAUUCACAUGAUGACCACGGUAACAUCAGCCGUCGCCGCCGCUGGCGUCGCCAUCAAGACACCGGGCGGCGCGAGCGCGGGGCGCGUCGCCGCCGCCGCCGCGCGAGCGCUCGUCCUAGUGGCGCAAUCCAUCACGCAUCUGCACGUCACUGUUAACUGCAGUGAGAUGCAAUUGAGAAACGAAGAACGGGAGCUCCUGUUGCUCACCAAACAGUUACUCGAAGCGUCCAACGUUAUGGAGCAAAGGAAGACGCUUGAAGCCGCGCCGGGGGUGCAUCGCCGUCGCUACGCCGCGGCCCGCGCGGCGUUGGCUCGCGCCCUCAGUCUCACCGAUGCCUCCUCCGAAGACAUCAAAUUCGAGCUCAACAAAAUUCGCAAGCGUCGACACUCAAAGCGCUGGACGGAAAAGCACCAGCGUCCACCGACCGCGCCGCGUCCCGCCUCCGCCGUCAACUUCACCGCUCGCGAAGCCGAGCCCGACGACUUCGUCGACGAGGACGGCGUCUCCAUACUCGAAGCCUUCGAGCCGAGCACGGACGAGGAAUCCGACAGCGGCGAUAACGACGACGACGCCUUCGUCGUGCGCGGGAUGCAGGACUUCGACGAACCAUAG